UUGCUACAGGUGUGGAGAGAUUCUUCACAGAUUCUUUCCUUUUUAUCAUAUCUCAGCUCUCUAUCAGUUUCCAUGUUUCUUGUGGUGAUCUUUGUGCUUGGUAUUUCUGCAUUCAUCCUCAAUCCUUUAUUAUAAAUCUAGAUCCAAUGCCGGCAUUUAAAAUGAAGGCCAAGUUAGUGACAUGUUCUAUAAGGGAAGGAACUUGUCUCCAUGUUUGUCAGAAGUCAAGUAAAAUAUCCAAGAGCUCUUGUUCUCAUGUGCGGAUGUCUCAUGAAAUGGCAGAGCUUGACAAGUCAAGUACAAAUUUUCAAAAUUGUCCAACAAAAAGUGAACUAUCUGCCCAGGAGAUAGGAUCUGAUGAAGUCAUUGACCAUAAAAAAAUGGUUGAUGGAGAAACUCUAAUGCUUCAACAGCAGCCAUCCUCUGAUGAAGAUUCAGUUUCUGAUGAAAGAAUGGAGUUUCUGGCGUCCACCUGUUCACCAAACAUGGAAACAAUAUUUUCUCCUAUUGUAGACACAAAUGGCUUUCACUGCAAACCAAGUGAUCAAGAUAAUGCAGGUUGCAAGGAUUGCCCUGAAGCACCGCAAAUGACCAUUCUUAACAACGAUGAGAUCAACAACUUAUCUGGCUAUCAAUCUUGUGAUAUUGAAGAUUUUCAUAUCUCUGACAUGACUCUCAUUGGUUUACCAAUUGAAGGAGGUACCAGAUUUGAUGACAUGGUAAAGAAUAACAUCUUUCCUGAUCUGGAAUGUGCUGAGCCAAAUCUUAUGCUUGAUAUGUCUGGGAGGUGCAUGAUGUUGCCUUCCCUUGAAGAAACAGUAGAAACAAGUAAUACCCAUUGUGCAGAAUUGUGUGAACAGCUGUGGAUGAACUCAGAUGAAUCAUGGUUCCAGCUAGUGAGCCAUCAGACCAAACCCCCCUUGAAUGAAGAGCAUGAUGUAAAUCCUAGCCUUUUUGAUUCAGAUGAAGCUGACUGUUUUGAUCCACACUUGUAUAUUAGAAAUUUCCCAGACUUAUCAGAUGUAGAACCUAAUUCUUUGCCUACAUUAUUGCCCGAGGAAGAAAGCAAAAGGAAGCGGAUCACUCUAGUCCUGGACUUGGAUGAAACACUUGUCCACUCUACCCUGGAACCCUGUGAUCACGCUGACUUCACCUUUCCAGUUUUUUUCAACAUGAAAGAGCACACCAUAUAUGUGCGACAAAGGCCUUUCCUGCAGAUGUUUUUGGAGAGAGUGGCAGAGAUGUUUGAAAUCAUUGUUUUCACUGCCAGUCAAAGCAUUUAUGCUGAACAACUACUGGAUAUACUCGACCCUGAUAGAAAGCUUUUCUCUGGACGCGCUUAUAGGGAAUCAUGCAUAUUUUCAGAUGGUAGCUACACUAAAGAUCUGACAGUUUUAGGAAUUGACCUGGCAAAAGUAGCCAUAAUAGAUAAUUCUCCACAGAUUCAGGAGGCUCUGCAACAUGCAAUGUUUGAUAGCAAUUCACAAGUGGGCAUAAUAUUUCAUGUGAUGGAUGCUGUGGAACCACCUCCAACAUAUUUUAGAACCAACCACUUCACAAAUGCAUUUCAGGAAAUUGUUGAUGCAUAUGGUUCCAUGGAUGCCCUUUCCAAAACCUUUUAUUUUGAAGCAGCUUCAUUUGGAGGUAUAAUAACAUUGUCAUCCGGAUGGUGGGGCUUAGCAGUUUUUGCCUUUGCUACUGUCUUCAUACUGCUCAUGAUGGAGACACUUGGUGCUUUUCUCCAUGCCUUGCGUCUCCAUUGGGUGGAAUUCCAAAGUUUUACCAUGGUGGCUACAAAUUCAGGCCUUUCUUCUUUGCUUCAUUAACAGAUGACAAAGACUAGGCCCGCCAUAGUUUCCUUUUUUCCGGUUUUGUGAAAGAGUACGGAAGAAAUCAGAAACUUAAUCCAACACUAGAAGAAGCCCAAAACCUAAAAUGUAUCUACCAAGUCAUGGUAAGCUGUCCUUUAAGAAAUCUAAAUACGAGGACAUGGGAAAUCUUGAUACUUCCUCAUUCAGCUGUUCAGAGGAUUGAUUUCACAUGCAUACAAACUAGUAUGGAUUUUGAAGACCCGUUUCUUUUUGUAAUAAUUGGUCACAUUAGUACACAGUUCCAUUCUUGUAAUGGUUUCAUUAUUCAGAGAAUUCCAAGUUGAAUGACUCCCUCUGUCU